GACCUGAAUAAAGUUUCAAACAGAGCAGAAGACCAAUUUAACAUGAAGAGAAAUGUAUACUAUUCACACAAUGCAGCAUGAACUGUACAUUCUUCAAAUCUGAAAAAAAUUAAAUAAAAAUACAAUGUGAAAAAAUUAAGACAGACAGACAGAAAGAAUGAAAGACAGACAUGAAAGAAGGAAGGAAGGACAGACAGGAAGGACGGACAGACAGACAGGAAGGACGGACAGACAGACAGAAAGAAAGAGACAGGCAGAUAGACAGACAUUUUCAAAUGUUAAAUAUCAGGAUUUUGAUUAACUAAUCACGCUCAGAAAACAUAAGUAAUUCUCGCAUGAAUAAGUACUAUAAUCUGCCACAUUCAUUUAUUUAUUAUAGUCGUUGAGUUACUAAUGAGGCCAGAAAACUUACCAAAAUAUAAUCUUAGCAUUCCUGAAUACAAUUAAGACAUGCAGCAAUAUUUCCAGCUCACUGUUUGUAAACAGUCUGUUUGAAACCAUUCAACAGAAGUCUCACAUAAUGAAGUAUUUCCUGACAUGCCUAACACAUGAGCACUGAACAAUUCAAUCCAGACUCCCCAAGCCUUUCACAGGAAACAAGCACACACCCUUUAGGGAGGCAUUAAGCUAAAAAAAUGUAUUUGAGCAUAAACUUUACAUUAACUUUUUUCAGCUAAAACAUGUGAUGGAAGAGUAGGAUGAGUAAUCCUCAGAAGAGAUUCUAGUAGGUUAUGCUUAGUUCAAUGAACGUUGCAGUGUAAAAAUUUACUAGAAAACCAUGUGGAGAGUACUUGUGGUGCUGUUGUUACCAUUGAUGUUUGAGGACUCAUUUCAAGAGACGGAUGUUGCAUGCAAUACACCACGCCCACCAUUUCAGCCAAAAACAUUUUUUGGAAGAACGGUGUGUAAGGUUACACAGUUCCCCAACUCAUCCAUCGACCAGCCUGCGAUAAAUGUCAGUGAUAAUGUCUUCAACCACACCACUGGAAUUCUCAGCACGAAGAUAAUUCCAUAUGCCUAUAUCGUAGCAAUCAUUAUUGGAAUCCCCUCCAACGUCUUUGUGCUGGCUUGCCUCAGUAGAAAAAGGAAUCUAUCCACUGGCAUCCUGUAUUGUAGCCUAGCCGUUUCAGAUCUACUCCUGCUAGUUUCUCUCACACUCAGAGUCCACUAUCACAUCAAUAACAACAGCUGGAUCUUUGGAGAGCUCAUCUGCAAGUUGGUGACUGCCUGCUUUUACGGUAACAUCUACUGCUCAAUCCAUGCCCAUAUGUGUAUAUGUGUAAUGCGAUACCUAGCAGUGGUUCAUCCAUUCCGUUACAGGGGACUGUCAAAAAGAUACUGUGCGAUCUGGGCAAGCUUAACUGUAUGGGUGGUUUUUGCAAUUGCUAUGGUACCAGAGUUUCUGAUUCAGCAGAGCUACUACGUUUAUGGGCAAGAGAUCAUAACGUGUCAUGACAUCCAGCCCUAUGACGAAAAAUCUUACCGAGCUUUAAUUCCAUACAGAUUCAGCCUGAUAUGCCUGGGAUUCAUCCUGCCCUCAUUGAUCAUUGUCUUUGUUUAUGGAUCUAUUAUCCAUCAUCUAAAUCGCUCCAGCCGUGACUGGGAGCAUUACAUCAAGGCAAGCACACUGGUGUUUGUGAUAUUUUUAUUGUGCUUCACCCCAAGUAGUGUAUUUCAUUAUAUACAUUAUGUAAAGCUGUACACUCAGAAUCAAGAUUACUUGUAUCAGUACUACAGAGCAGCAGUAUGUCUGUGUUCCUUCCACAGCUGUCUGGACCCCUUCCUCUCUUAUCUCUUAACAAAGACUUCAACUUCCCAGCCUAAGUUUAGAUCCUUUACUUCUGGAGCUGAGAAGCCUUCUUUCAUUAUCUAAAGCCUAGGGAUUUCUAAACAUCAGGAUGUUUUUGCUGUGGGCCCUGCAUGAAGGACUUCCUUAUCUACAGUGGUUCAUCAGUGGGUUAAGGAUGUUGUUAGGGUUAGACCCAUCUAACUUAGUCCCUCAGUAGAGCUUGUUAACAGUGUAAAUUGUGUGAGAAUACCUAUGUACAUUAUUAGCACAAACAGUGAACAUAAAACAUAUAAUAAUUAAAGAAAAACUGAAUUUGUGGGACCAGUAGAGAAAAGUCUAGUAUUUUAACAACACUAUUAGUAAUCUCAAUCAGAUGGUCAUUAUCACAAAAUAAACCCAAAUGGGUUUAUUAAGACCCUUUUGCAAAGUGGAGGGGUCUUGUAUUACCCUGAAAGGGUUUAUGUUGUGAUAAUGACCAGCUGAUUUAUUGAUUUAAAUUUAAAUGAUUUGAUUAUGUGUGUAUUGCUAUGAUCUAGCACAGUGUGCAAAAUUAGUUGAGAGCGCUAAUUAUACGGCUUAACGAUCAUUGAACAAAAAUAUUUGGUGCUGUGUAAUAAGCCAACGUAUUAUCAGAGGUCUGAAAAUGUUAAAGAUGGCUUACAAAUUACAGAACCAGAAUAAACAAUAGAUUGUUCCAGAUGCAAAAAGUAGCCUUCACUUUCAAGAAAACAAAGAGGUGACCUGAACUCUCAGACAUUUUAUUGGUUUUGGACAA